UAGUUGGCCAGCUGCAGUGAGCUGUGAGCUGCGCAGGCCGCAGACAGUCUGUUUCGUUGACAUUUGACUGUCAGUUCGGUAAGAAAGGGAAGCGUAUAUAUUACGUCACGUGGUUCAUGCAACCCGAGGCUCCCACUCGUCCGACGUUUAAUGCUUGUUCCUCUCGGCUAGUAGAGCCGCCAUUUUGUCGUUCAUUUUAUUUGACGCCACGGCUCGAAGGAGACACGACUAGAAUUGGAAGAGGCGCGGGCGCUCUAGGAGUCAUGAUUCUUAAACGUGAUAAUUUGAAAAAAAGUGAUUUGUGAUAAUGGAUAAAUACUUUUAUCAUCGUGUAAAAACAAUUUUUCGUUACAUAAUAAAAAAAUUAACAUUGGAUGACGUGUGUUGCUCCAGGAACGCCGACGCUACAACAUUCUUUGUUCGCCAUAUUCAUCUAACCAUCAAAACAUUUUAAGCUGUUGUUCGUGGACGAUUAAAAUAAUUGUUAUUAGGAAACAAGAUGGAGUCGGACUACGAUCGGAAGUUCGAGGAAAUGAAGAAGUACAUUCCAUUCUUGGAAAAUAUGAUCAAAAGGCUAGAAAGUCAUAGAUCUCCUUCAAAUCCUCGACAAGCUCAGCUUGAUAAAAUUAGAUCUCUUAGAGAUUUACUUCAGGACAAAAGUAAAAGGAUGAAAAUGGACAAUUUGUUGAAGUGUGAACAAGUCUUGGUGAAUUUGUAUAAAAAAGUUGAACAGAGAGAUUCAUCCGUUCAUGGGAAAGAAAUUGAACAGUCCGCAAAAAGUCCGAUUGAUAUAAAUAUUGUUAAACAAUUGAAAUCUGUGGUAACGAAAAUAAAUGAAGGAACGCUACCGGAAAUUGCAAGAGCUAGUGACACUGAAGAGAUAUGUGUUCCUGGUAGUAAAGAGCCUGCAUUAUUCCAGAGACGACCAAACCGAACCAAAUCACCAGACCGGGAGGAGACUUCACAUCAGUCUUCGAAACGUAACUAUACUCGGGUGUUGCAUUCGCCUGAACCCAGCUCUAGGAAAUGGAAUGGAAGCGAAUGUCAAAAGUCUGACAAACCAAUAUACAGUCGAAGAUCACCGAAAAAAACACCCAAUAGAUUUUCACCUUCUUAUCAUAAGAGAGAACGAAAGAGAUCCUCCAAAAAGUCGAAGAACUCAAAGGAUUUAAAUAUAACUUUAAAUGUACCAGAAGAUAAAUUAAAUUCUUUGAAUACAAAGGAUAUCCUAUCUCGAAUUAUUAACUGCAAUAACAAAGAUGUAGAAAUUGCUACUCUGCGUGAAUUACGUAGUCAAAUAUUAUCGGAACUUAAGCAGACUGGAGCCAGUGAUGACAUAUCUGAUCUACUGUUGAAAUCUUAUGAAAAAUCAGAUAAAAGAAACAAUAAAGAAGAAGUUGAAGAGGGGGAAUUAUCUGACAGUGAAAGUGAAACCAUUGAAAAUAUAUAUGGAAGUUUAGUGUUGGUGGAUAAGGACAAAUCCGCACAGACAACAAAAAAACAACUGGAGAAGGAUGUCCGUAAAAUACAAAUUUGCCUCGUAAUAAAUUCUGACAAAACUGCUACAGUAAAAGAUGCAACAGAAGAUAUUCAGAAUAAUGAUAAAAAUAUUGAUAUAUCGGAUUUUCAAACGUUUACCUCAGAAACUGAAUGUCAGGACGUUAAAACAAUGUCAAUGUCUUCAUCAAAUGUGGGCGAUAUUAAAUCAAAUCCAGAAGAUAACAAUUCUGGCACGAAUAAUUUAGAAGAAUUAACAGAAAAGACGGAAAUGUCAAAAAAAGAAACAUUAGAUGUUCCCGUAACUACAAAUAAAUUUGAAGUCAGUUCAAACCAAAGAACAAAUGUAAAUGAUAAUCAAAAUACAGCCGAAAAUUUUACCUAUAAUUAUCAUAAGUCUGAUGAUAGCAACAAGAAACUAAACUCUGAGAAACACUUGGAAAAUACCAGUAGUUACCAGUGUAAGCCAGGUCAAAAUUCUAAUGAAAAUAAUUCAGAAUUCACAAAGCGAACUGGAGAUGUAGUGGAAAUACCAUUGCUUGAUCUAGAUUUAACUACGAAACAAAACGUUGUGUCCGAAAUAGAUAUUUUGCAAGCUUUGAAAAAAGAGAUACUUAAUGAAACGGAUACUGUUUUAGGAAGCGAAACAGUAACACCUGCUUUGCAUCAACCAAAGCUUAACAAAGUCGAAAGUACUCCAAAAAGUGUUCCAAAAAGAACUAUUUCUAUCGAAAAAUAUAAAGAGAUAACUAGUUCCUCCCAUAAAUCAUUGUUCGUACACAAUAAAACGAAUUUGAAAGAUGACGUGCUUAAAAAACAAAGUUUAAAACUAACAGAAAAGGAAUGUGAAAGAUUUAAUUUGCCGACAAAAUUGAGUAUAACUGAAAGCUCUGAAGACGAAACAUCCAAUAUUUCAUUAGAUGAUAUUUACGAUGAUUUGGCUCCUAAAUCACCAGAUCAUGAUGAUUUUGCUGAUACUGGUAUCAAACCCCCCGUCAUAAUACCUAGUGACCCUAUUAAGCCAUCACUUGUAAGUUCAGUUGCUGAUAUCGAUAUGAGAAAAUCAUUGCCAAAUAUAUCGCCUAAUAAUCUAUUUCAUACAUCUUACAACAAUAAUAAAUCAGCAGAUGAUGUAACGUCAUUAAUUCAUAAAGAUAAACCAACAAUUAAUUUGGUAGACCCUCGUCGAGCCAGAAGAGAACAACAAAUAUCGAACAGAGAAAAACCUUCGGAAACGAAAACUCCAUUUCCUGAUGACAGUGCUACAUCAAGUGCACCUGACACAUUAUCCAAUUUAGGUAUUGUGCAUAAUAUGAAUGCUGAAAUGACACCAAGUAGAACACCUGGAACGCAUAACAUGGCUAAUGUUUCAAUUCCAAAUAUAAAUACAAAUGCGUCGUGUUUUGAUAACUCAAUUGAAUUAGAUAAUAUGACUACAAGGAAGAAUGUCUAUACCCCAAUGUUUUCUGACUUGCAUGAGACGAACACAAGAGAUGUUGAAACUCGUCAUCAAUCGUGGGAUCAAAAUUCAAAUAGUCGAGCACCUAGAAGUGUUGAUUACAGUUUUCCCUAUAACGAAGCUUAUCAAAAUAAUUAUAGGCGUGACAGGUAUAGAAUAGAUAGAAGAGAACCUUCUAAAAGAAUGGGUCCUUCAACAACUCCCAGUUCUUCGUAUGGAAGAAUGGAAUGUCCUACGACACCUUUGCCUUCAUUUGGUAGGUCAGAUGGUUCGUCUACUCCUUUACAUUCAUUUGGCAGAUCGGACGGUUCGGUAACGCCUAUACAUUUAUUUGGAAGGUCUGACUUAGCGGCACCUAUUCCUUCGUACGGAAGAUCGGACGGAUCAGCAACACCUGUUCAUUCGUUUGGAAGAUCAGACGGCUCAUCAACACCCAUUCAUUCGUUUGGGAGAUCGGACGGUUCAGCAACACCUAUUCAUUCGUAUGGAAGAUCAGAUGGCUCAGCAACACCCAUUAAUUCGUUUGGGAGAUCAGACGGCUCAGCCACACCUAUUCAUUCAUUUGGGAGAUCGGACGGAUCAGCAACACCUGCUCAUUCGUUUGGAAGAUCAGACGGCUCUGCUACACCCAUACAUACGUUUGGGAGAUUGGACGGUUCAGCAACACCUAUUCAUUCGUUUGGGAGAUCUGACGGCUCAGGAACACCCAUAUUUUCGUUUGGGAGAUCGGACGGUUCAGCAACACCUAUUCAUUCGUUUGGGAGAUCGGAUGGUUCAGUAACACCUGUUCAUUCCUUCGGGAUAUCGGAUGGCUCAACAACACCUAUACAUUCAUUUGGAAGAUCGGAAGGCAUAAAUACUAAUUACGCAUUUGGUAGAACAGAUUUAACUCGUAACCAGCAUGUGUCUCAGAACAAGUAUAGUGGAGUAAAAGAUCCUAGACUAAAUAGAAGUCAUGAACACGACAACAAUUAUUACAAUAAAGAAGACGGAGGCAGAGGGUACCGUAUGGACCAUAAACAUUUAGGUGCCCGUUAUCCAGAACAAGGAUCAUCAUACUCGUAUCAUAGAUAUAGACGGGAGCAGAGUGUCGGGAGGAACGAAAAUUCUCGAUUUCAAGAUUCUUAUGAAAAUAAAUAUCAAAGCGAUCACUCUCUUCGAGACUUAAGUAGUAGCCGUUUGUCUAAUCCAGAUCAAGAUUAUAGUAAUCAUUCUACAAACUCAUAUGACCGAUCCUCAGAUCCACGCAGGAAUAGGUCAAGUAGAGAAAAACCAAUAGAUAAAGGAUACGCGGAUACGUUUUGCCCUUCAUCGAAUAUUAGCAGCAGUCUUGUUCCAAAAGACAAAUUGUAUGUGCAACCAUCUGUGGGAACAUCUUUUACUAUCGAUACUAGUAUCAAUAGAACUUUUCAAGAACUUGGUAUACAAAACAGUUUUGAUGCUAGACGAAAACGGGCCUCAAGUGUUAGUAGAGUGACAAAUCCAGAUACUUGUAAAAGAACCUUUGAUUGUGAUGAAAUAAAUACAAAAUUACCAGACCCAGACAACUAUACCCACAUGGGCAGAGAUUUUCAGCGGGCUCGGAGUGUUGGACGAGAUACGUUAUCUAAAUGUUCGCAAAGUUUCAAUGAUAUUAAAAAUGACUUAAGGUCUUUUACUUUAAAAACAGAUCCAAGAAUCAGCCGUAGUUCUGAUCCACAGAGUUUUAGGAAACAUAAGGUGGAUAAGUACGAUGCGUAUUCAGACAGUCCAAAAUUCGAAAAUUAUAAAUCAGGUUCAAAAUCGAAUUUCAGUGAAAAUAAUCCAUAUAAAGAAGGCUGCCGGAAUGCCACUAAAGGAAAACAUAUUUCUUUAAGUCAGCGCUGGCAAAAAUAUCAAGAAAAUGAUAAAAACUAUAACAGUUAUAAAAGUCAACGUUCUCAUGAUAUUAAAAAUAGAUCGUGCUCUAAUUCACGAUACACUCAAUAUUAUGGUAAUGUUUAUUCUGAUGAUAAUAUUUCGAAAGGAAAAAUUCAAGGACCGGAUGCUGUAAAAAAAUAUAAAAUUCCGAAAAUAAAACGGUCACCUGAGAAAACCAUACCUCUUGAAAACAAUGAUACAAGAAAGAAUGAUAAGCAACAACCUUCAAUUGAUGAUGCAGUCAAAAGUGAUGUGGAUGUUUCCCACGAAAGAAAAAUACAAAAUGAUAAUAAAAAAGAUCUUGGCGAAAAGAAUAGUUAUCAAUAUAAUCCUUGUGAUAAGAAAAAUAAAAAUGAAAAGUUUUCUAGUCCAAAACUUUUAACAAGCUCAAGUCCAAUGAAAGAUAUCGCAAAUCUAAAUAAGGAAGAAACAAACAAUGCUUUUAUUAAUUAUUGUGAACAACGACCAGACACAAAUGAACUAGAAGAAUUUCGCACAAAUGAAAACUCAAUGAGCAAAGAUGAAUCUAAACAAAUAAUGAAUCACGCGAGUUUUGAUAAAAGUGAUGUAAAUAAUAUUAAAAGCAAUGAGGUUACCAACAAACUGACACAUGUUGAACAAGAAACUGACAUAAAGAAUCCAUCUAAAUUUUGCACAGAUGAAAUCUCAGUGAAUAUAGAUGACAACAAAAAAAAUUUGAAUAUUGAUAAUCAUGUUAAAAGUAAUGACGUAACAACAAACGAAGACUUAAAUUCCAGUUUUGGUGACAUAGAAAUCUUUUCGGAGAACAUUGUAACCGAUCCGGGUCUAGACAACCUAAAUGAUUUAAUAGCGGAACUCGAUAAUGAUCUAGAAGCAACAAAAAUGUCUAAUGAACCUGGACAGUUUGUGCAAGAAUUAUGUCUUGAGAAAAUGAUGGACAGCAUUACAACACCUGAAGUUAGCAACAAGGUAGAAAAUAAUUUUGAUACAAAAUGUGAAAUUAUAAACGUAAAUGUAGAUAAUAGAAAAACAAACGAGGAAACCCAAAAUAUAUCUAUAAAUAUAAAAGAGCAGUACACCAAUUUUGAAGAACAAAAACUUGAAACUUCAAGUCUUCCAUGUAAUAAUACAUAUGGGAAAAAUCCAUGCACAGAAAGUGUCUCAAAUAUAAACUUAGAAAACUUAAAUGCAAAAGAGAAACAUACACUAGGACCACUAACUUCGAAUAUCAAUUUAAUUUCAAAAAAACAGAGUGUUUCUAAUAUUCUUGACGACAGCAAUGAAAAUACCGUAUCAACCACUAAAGAGGAUGUUAGGCAAUUAGAAAAUAGCGAUAAAAUAACGGAAGAUAAAAUAAAUAGACAUGAAAAUGUUCCGAUUCCGGAUAGCACGAUAAAUAUUAAUGAUAAAAAUGAUGAUAAGUUAUGUACAGAAAGUACACCUGAUAGUACUAUCGAAGCGAAUGAUAAUAAUAAUCAAGUAACGUCUUCACAUAGCACAUGUGAAGAUACAAGUAGAGAUUCCAAGGUAUCAUGCCCCCCCAUAGUUUCCGAACUUAACGAUUUUAGCAAGCUAUUGUCAAUUUUAGAAGAUAAACACAAAGUUAUAGAAUUGCUUUCAUUAUUGAAAGAUAAGCCCGAUAGUGAUAAAAUGAAAAAGAAGUUAGAAAAACUAAGCGAAUUAGUGUUCGAGGAUAACGAUAAUGCUUCACAAAUUACAAUAGAAGAGAACCCUGAAUCAUGUAGUACAUCAGAUUCAAAUAAACAUUGCAAAAUUUUGAAGAAACCAAAAAUUAAUGAGAGCUUACUUGAAAAUAAAGAAGAUAAACAAUCCGAAAACGAAGCUGAGGUUAAAGAUGAUCAAGAUACAAAAAUUAAAGACGAAGUGGAACCUUCAAAAGAUAAGAAAGGUACUUCUCGAUCCAAGCCAGAGUGUAAAGAUCAAACCACAGCGAAAAUCGUAAAGGUGAGGCAAAAAAAACCUGCAAAAAAGGAUAAAAAGAAACCUAUCUUGCGUUCCAACAUCACAAAAAAAACUUCAAGCAAAAGACCUAACAGAGAACUAUUGAAAUUGCAAGAAGAUCUACGCGAAAUGUUUAUAAAAGAUGAUGUCCUGAAUAACACUGGCUUAAGAAUGUGUCGAAUAGCUAAACUAGUUGAUGAAAAAACAAAAAAGCAAGUAAAAGACCCACCAUCAGUUGAAUAUGAACCGAUAGUUCGCCUGGAGAAAUUUAAAAACGUAGAUAAUAUUGAAAAACGAAAGCCAGUGAAAAAGGUCUCUACAAAAUCAAAAAGUAAUAAGCACAACUCUUUGGACCAUAAAAACAAAUUCAAGAAAGUCACAAAAACAUUACAAACACAACAUGAUCCUUUUGAAUUCGAAACAGAUUCCAUUAGUGAUACUACUAACAUAAGUGAAAAGUUGAAUGAUAUGACAUCGGAAUCCGAAAGUGAUUCAGGGGAUUCCACAAAAAGUACAGAACCACUGUCAGAAAUAAAGAAAAAGCCAAAACGAAAACGAUUUGCUUGGCAAGCUGGGGUUGUACCUAAAAAUCGAAAAAAGAAACGAGUAUCGAAGACAAAAAAUGGGUCUACUAAAAGUGAAGACUGUCAAGUCGUUAAGGAGACUAUUCCGGAUCUCAAUUGUUACAUUGAUAAAUUGUAUUGUUAUGUCAAGAAUGUAACCACGUACACCUGUCGGCUAUGCAUUUACAAAGGUGACGAAAUAGUUGAUCAUUACAGGACUCAACAUCCUCACACAGAAAUACCUCUUUCGCGUAUGAGUCCUGAUGUAGCAAUGGAUGCAAUCAAACAGUGUGAAAACCUUAACUUCCAGAUCGUAAGUAAAUUGCCAAGCAAUCGGUACGUUUGCAGGUUCUGCUUCAAAGAGUUUGCCAAAAGUAAAAAUGCCUUACAAUCAUUCUUUUGGCAUAUAGUAAACGUUCAUACAGGCGAAUAUAUGAAGGAUUGUACAAUUUGUGAUAACAAUCAAUGUCCAUUCGAGUUAGACAUUCCACCUGCACCCAUAAAUUCUGAAGGUCAAUUGAUUGGAUAUCUUUGUGGAAACUGUAAUUACACACAGAUAUCAAUUGAAAAUUUAAAGAGUCAUGUUUUAAAACGUCAUAAUGAUGAACAUACUGAAGUCUCCACUAUAAAUUUGGCUUAUUUUUCCCAGAAAACUUUAAAUGCGAUGCUGAAUAAAUUUACAAAAAUGCAGCUUCCGAUUGAAUCGGAAAAGCCUCGAGUACUUAGAAGUAAUAAAUUAAACACAAAUAAUGUACAUGAUAAUAGAAACGAAUCUAGUGAUUCUGACGUAAGCAACAAUCUUGAAACUGCGUCUACUUCAAGUCAUGUGGAUAAUACAAAUGUAUACCAGAAAUCGCAGUCUAUUUAUACACCCUCGAAAAACGCGAGUAGAAACGAUGUUGAUAAACAAAUAACACCAUUUUUCAACAACGAUUUACCAAAACCAGAUCAAAACGUAGAUGUUAAUCAAUCAAAAGAUAUGAGCUUCCACGAAUUAGCAAGUAACGAUGAAACAUCUUGCUCCCUUCUUACAAACGAUCAAUUAGAAACACCUAAUAUGGAAAGCCAAAGAGACAUAUUUGAAUUACCACAUUUCAAAGUUAAACUUAAAGAAUCUGGAAUGAAAGAGUACGUUUGUUGUGUCAAUAAUAACCAACAUUAUACAACAUCUUUAUUGAUUUCAUUAAAAAAGCAUGUAAAAAUAUCCCACAACGAGAAUUGGGAUGGUUAUUGUUUUCUUUGUAAGGUUAUCGUUACGUCACAGGGUAAGCAUAAAUUCAUCGAGUGUCUGCAACAUUUUCUUGAUAAUCAUUUAGAUGAUUUCCCUGUUCUGGAAGAUGAAGUCAUCAGGGACAAUGAAACAACAAACGUCCAUCAAUACAGCUCUGAACCGGAACCACCAAAGCCGUACUUAACAUUGCGGCCAUUAUCAGAACUUAUAUCUGAUAAUAGUGAAAGUUGUUCAUCGCCACUUCCAAUUAUAGAAAGCGUAAUGAGUCUUGGCACAGAAAAACCAGUCUACCCGCGAAUAGAAACAGAAGAAGUGGCGAAACAGUAUUUGUAUGAAGAGGCACAAGCAGAAAUAAUGACACAGAAGCACCGUAUUGUUUUGAAUGCCAUGAUGUCACAUGAGAAACUUGCUCAUGUUUUUAAAUGUGCCGGGACAUAUUGUUCUUUUACGACGGACAACGCUGAAGAUGCUUUGCUCCACGCCACUACCCAUAUGAGAGUUGGUGGUGAAAAUGCCCUGCGUUGUUCUUACUGUGAUUACGACGCGUCGAACAAUGCGAUUGACUUGAUAACACACGUAUUCAAAGCUCACGGGUGUUGUCAAUUUGCUUGCGGAUUUUGCUUCUACAGAGCGGCUGCAAGUCAGCUUGUAAAUGCCCAUAUUGACAGGGUGCACGAUGAUGCUGCGAAGACUGUAUUGAAAGCUAGUUUUGUUACGGAUCAAGGCAAUGAAGAAAUUGCGUUGUCGAGAGAAUUAGCUGUGCCAUUCUACUAUUGUGGUUACGAUAUCGAUGGAGUGGAAGCGGGUUGUAAAUUUAGAACUUAUACCCCGGGAAAAUUUUGUGAGCACUUGAGCUUGCGGCACAGUGACGUCAUAAUACACAAGUGUUUUAACUGUUCUGCUGUACUGGGUACACCCUCGGAAUUGAUUCAACAUCUCAAAACCCAUGGACUCAGAUUAUAUCAAUGCACCUGGUGUGUGUUCGGUGCUGAUAAUGAAACAAAUAUGCUGGCACACGCCUCCGCUAAGCAUCCAACGAAACAGCCAAAAUCAUACUUGAGAGUUAUUACAAACAAGGAGGGCUCUUCAGAAUUUCGAGUGCUACCUUUGGCACACUUAAAUAAAUUGGUUGUACCAACAGUUGAUAUCCUUCCCAGUGUAACUAAAGAGAACCCUGUCAGAGAGGCUGAGAGAUCUGUCGAUUUAGAAAAGCUUAUCGGAGGUACAACCUCUUUCAUUGAUUCUAUUACCAAUGCGAGUGAAAACAAUCCAGUUUCAAUUCAAGAAGGAGAUAUUGAAAACAGUGCAGCAGAGGAUUUUAAUGAUGUAGAGCUUGGAAGAGUUACACCCGAUAGGCCUAUUACUUUGGACCAACAAACAACUCCUGUGAUAAAACGUGAAGAAAGACCUACGUCAGGAUCGCGACUGGCUUAUGAAGAGAUUGUUUGUCUUGAUAGUGAUGAAGAGAGCCCCACAGCAGCACAGGUUGUGUCAGCAAAAGAAAUGACGGGAAAUUCAAAAGAACCACUAAAAAAGGAUCUUAUGAAAUUACCGCUACCCCUACUGUACAUGUGUUCACAAUGUAACACUGUAUCGAAAAAUGCACAAAGCUUUAAAUCACACCUGCAUACCUGUGCCACAGGUAACACCAUUCCUUGCGCCUUUUGCUCCUUUCAAGGCAAGGCCAAUACAAUUCCUGACCAUUAUACAAAAAACCAUUUGUUGCAAAAUGCAAGUCAAGUCGUUUGUGAGCAUUGUGAAGAAAAAUUCGAAACAGAAGUUUUAGCAAAACAGCACUUGAAAUCUGCACACAAUGCCACCUCUUGUACUGUGACAACAAGGUAUAUUAACGGUGAAGCUAUGUGUUUUGUGAAAGAAAUACCUAAGAAAAAUACUAGACGUAAACGAUCCAUAGGGACCGUGGAUAAGGUUACAGAACCACCUGCAAAAAUAACAAAAUUUGGGCCAGAAGAAAUCAACCAGUUGCCCAUAAAUGCUAUAUUUGACAAUCAUGUCUGUUGUUCUUUAUGCGAAUUUCAAACCAAGGUGCGCUUGAACAUGGUACGCCAUUUACAAUUCCACGCAAAUAUGCAACCAGUUGCGAAAACUGCGCCGGUUAAUCCUGUACCACAUUUAGAAUCAAACGAAAAGCAUUUCGAUAAAAUGGUGAACCUGGCUUCCAGUUCCUUGGUGUCACGAGUUGUUGAUAAAGGAAAUAAGAAUGAGCACCCUAUCGUUACAGUUUUGGUGCCACAAGAGAUAGCAGUUAAAUAUCCCAAAUACGUUCCAGAGAGACAAAGACAUACUUGUGGAGCCAAAGGAUGUACUUAUACGUCUGUAGAUGAAAAUAUGCUGAAGUAUCACUGGGACACGUUGCAUAAUGGUAGCAAUGACUUCCUCUGCGUGCACUGUCCGCCAAAUCAGACAAUAGAUAAAUCAAAGCCAUUAACCGCAUCUCGUAUUAUAGCUCAUCUGAAAAUGCACGACGUUAGGUUAUACGCAUGUUCUGCGUGUACCUUUUAUUAUUAUAGGCGGCAGAUUGUAGAGAAGCAUAUAGCCGAGAUUCAUCGUACUGGUGGUGCCAAUGUGAUAGUUAUCAGAGAAGAAAUCGAAACUCCAACUGUGAGUCAACCGACAGCUGUGAAUGCAACAACCACAGCUCCAACGAUGGAUCUGAAGCCAUGGCAAUGCGGGCUUUGUGAAUUCAAGAGUUUACUGCGCCCUGAAGUGGCUGAUCAUUGUUCCAAAGUUCACCAAUCCAAGAUGCGAUUCAAAUGCAGCUAUUGCGCUUUCAGGACCUCAAAUGAGGAAAAUAUAUCUAGGCAUCAAGCAAAAUCACACCCGGGUCAACCUGCUGAAACUUUUUAUUUCUACUAUAGAGAAGGGUCGUUCCCUGAUGACCCGUAUGGCACACCCUUGUGGCUGAGACAGAAGAGCAAGUUGAAUACUGUUGAUAAACUUGAUGAUGGUGUUAAAAAGGAGAUAUCACCUGAACCAACACCUCAACCUCAGCCAAUUGUAAAUAUUCCACCGAAACCUACCACAGAUGUGGUAAAUCUUAAUAUAGUGAAAAAAGAAGUGUCUGAGCCUGAAGAGAAUGUUGAUGAACUUUGUAAACAGUUUGGACAAUUUUGUGAACCAAAUGGUCUUAAAUUUAAAUGUUCUCUCUGUAAAAAUGUCAUUGAGGACACAAAGGACGCUAUGAGAUCUCAUUUCUAUGAAGAAUUACAAUAUCGAAAGUGGGGCUGUGGAGUUUGUUACUAUAAAGCAUUCCAUAAACAAGGACUAAGUGACCAUAUGCAAACAGAACACCGUCAAAAUCGUGAACCUGUUGAACUACCGCUGGACACAAAGAUCGAGACCUGGGUCUCGCAGUUCCUAGAAUACCAGGAAAAGAUAAUACAGAAAAAUAAAGAGACAUUAGCUCAACAAAAAGCUGAAAUACUUGCAUCUGCACCUGGUCACUCUGUUCAGAAACCUGCUGUCAAUAUUGCAAGUCUUGCGCCGCUCCCGGUGAAACUCACAAAUAAGGAUCUAGAGGAAAAAUUCGGGUCUUUAGGGUUUGCUCUCAAUACCUCGUUCUGCUGUCCAAAGUGCAAUAUCCUUAUAAAGGAAGAAAAUGAGAUGCGUAAUCAUUUAGAAAUUGAAUUAAACAAAAUAAGGUGGCGUUGCAGUGUAUGUACCAUCACAUUCCAGUCCUAUCACGAAGCUCAAUUUCAUUGUAAAACACAUGUUGGUCAGUAUGCUCGCCCGAUAGAAGCUCCACGGGACUCUACCAUUCGAUCAGCCUGGGUUGAUGCAGUACUGAACUCUCAGAGACUCGUUGUUAAUGCUGCUGUCGAAAUAGAGAAAGAGCGAGAAGAAGAUUCUGCAGGACCAGACGCAGCACCUGACAAUUCUUUGCUCGUUGUCAGAUAUGAAGAACGUGUGCCCACUCCGGAAGGCAGUGCAGUUCAGAAAAGGACAGCUCCCGAUAGUGGAGAUGAGAGAUUGAUUAUCGAUGAAGUUAAGGCAAAACAGAGGAAAAAGAAUCUACACUGUGAAUACUGCAGCUAUAAAUCAAAUAAUCCCAAGUGUUUCAACGACCACAUUCUACGGCAUUACGAUUUGCAGCCUUACACUUGUGGUUACUGCAAAGUUACUGGAUCAAUGAAGAUACUGUCAAGACAUCAGAAGAUAUUGCAUCAGACUCUGCCAAUAAAUAUACUACCAACAGCCAUUCCUAAUGAAACUCCUGAAGAAUACAACAAAAAUAUCAAGAAGAAUGAUUUCCUCAUUUGCUUAACAUGCCAGACGCAUUUAGUGGCAGAUGACACGAUCGGCCAUCUACACAAAUAUAAUAUAAAACCGGAAUUUGGCAAAGUGGGUGACAUUGUUGUCAAAUGUUCUACAUGUCAGUCCUUGCAUAAAGAUAACAACAGCUUUUUCCAUCACAACAAACUGAUGCACCCCAAUGACGGAAAUUACGUUUUCUACAAGCUGACCCUUGAUAAUAGACAGACUCAAUUCAGCUGUAAUUACUGUCCACAAAGGUUUCCAUUGAAAAAGGAUUUGAAAGCACAUAUAUUAGCGAUUCACCAGGAUGACCCGAGCAACACAUUUGAAACAGCUGGGCAAGUGACUGCAGCUCCAAAUAUAGACAGCAAUUGUGAAGAUUUGUCCCCUAGAAAAAAGGUUGCCCGAAAGUCAACCACUAAACUGCCAUUCAAUAGUAUUGCAAAAAAAUCUACAACAAAAUUGCCAUUCAGCGUUCCUAAUGAAGAAGAGUUUUCGGUCUACGGCACCAGACCAUCGUUGGAAGGGCUCGAAAAUGUUACCACACUCAUGCCUAUUUACAACUCCUUCAUGCCAGUAACAUAUCAGAAGCUGACUGAAAUCCUUAAUUUGAAUCCUAGAGUGAUUGUGCCUGAGUUAAAACAUGAUUGAUGUCUCAAUGUGUGAUUGUUGAUUUAAUUUAUAGUCUACAUGACAUCAAAACCGUUAUCUGUGAUUUAAGCAUUCUUAGUUGUAAUUGAAUUUAAGAAUCAAGACUCAUUAGUAUUUAUUAGUUGUCUACUUUGAAAGUGAAUCUAAAGUGUUUUUUCUAUUAUGUUUAAUUAUUAUAAAUGACGACUGAUAACUUCCAUUGUAUUUUGUUUUUUUUUUAAUUUGACGCGAUUGUCGUGCAGUUAUUUGAGUUAUAAAGUAUAUUUUUUUGUUUAAGUUCAAUUUUUUAAAAUAAAAAAAAAAUCGUGUAAUAAUCAGGGAUCUUGUCGGUGUCGUGGAUCUAAGUUUGAAUGUUAAAGCUAUGCUGAUUUAAUAUCGGGUUUUAAUCAUUUGUAUAUAUGCUAUGAUUUUCAUAUAUUCUCGACUAACUUUCUCGAAAAUGUAGUUAUUGUGUGUAAUAUUGCCAUGUCAAACGUCAUUCUAAGGCUGUUGUUAAGAAAACUAUAUUGAUAAUUUACAUGUGUGAUUAGUACCUAGAUACAUCUAGUGUUGUACUUUGAUUAUAACUGACUUAUAACAGUAAAAAUAAUUAAAAAUAAA